GCUCCCAGUUUACUGAGCAGGAGGAAUCAGACCGGCAGCUUCACUCCGCUCCUCUGUUAUCCGGAUCACACUCAGACCAGGUCCCGUCUCAGAGAGCUUCAGGUCUUGGUGCAUGUGUGCAGCUGUCCGCCCCCUCUCACCCGAGGACCCGACUCUAUUUGACUUUCUGCAAACUGGAUUCCCGGAGCUCGUCGCCAUGCCUGCCCGGGUUUAGAUUCUCCAUGGAGCUCUCUAACCUGUACGAGGUCGCGCCCCGGCCCCUGAUGAGCACCCUCACCCACGGCCAGCAGCCCUCCUCCGGCUACAGAGACCCUGCAGACCUCGGCGGUGAGAUCGGAGACAACGAGACCUCCAUCGACCUGAGCGCCUACAUCGACCCGUCGGCGUUCAACGACGACUUCCUGGCCGACCUGUUCCACCACAGCUCGCGACAGGACAAGUUGAAAAUGAUGACCGGGGAGUACGACUCGGUUCCGUGCGGCCCGGGACCCCAGCAGCUCUACAUGUCCAACUACAUGGAGUCCAAGCUGGAGCCGCUCUACGAGCACAACCCGCCGCGCCUCCGGCCGGUGGCCAUCAAGCAGGAGCCGCGGGACGACGAGGACAUGAACCCGGGCAUGCCCCCCACCUACCACCACCCGCACCCGCACCCGCAGCAGUACUCCCAGCAUGCCCCGCAGCAGCAGCAGCAGCAGCAGCAGCCGCACCUCCAGUACCAGAUCGCGCACUGCGCGCAGACCACCAUGCACCUCCAGCCGGGUCACCCGACCCCUCCGCCGACCCCGGUGCCCAGCCCGCACCAGCACCAGCACCACCACCAGCACCACCCGCACCAGCACGCGCAGCAGGGCGGCCUGAAGCUGCUGGAGCAGCGGGGAGGCGGGAAACACAAGAAACACGUCGACAAGAGCAGCCCGGAGUACCGGCUGAGGCGCGAGCGCAACAACGUGGCCGUGCGCAAGAGCCGGGACAAGGCCAAGAUGCGCAACAUGGAGACGCAGCAGAAGGUGGUGGAGCUGACGACGGACAACGAGAGACUGAGGCGGAGGGUGGAGCACCUGACCCGAGAGCUGGACACGUUACGGGGCAUCUUCAGACAGCUGCCCGACGGAUCCUUCAAACCCCUGGGCAGCUGAGAGACUACUGAGCCGGGCCGAGCCCGACCGAACCGGACUGGUACACUGCUGGAUUUUUAUAUAUAUAAAUACACACACACACACACACACACACACACACACACACACACACACACACACACACACACGGCCCGACACGUCCUCGUGUGCCCGGACGGACUGAGAGCUGUGAGGAGACCGAGACAGCUGAGUGUCUGACUUCACCCGGUCCAAACUCCCAUGAACUGUGUCAGCGUGAGAACAAUCAUCAGAAUCCAUCCGAACCAACAGGCUGGAGGGGGCCGUGAAGCCGGGCUGGGAGACGGCUGGACUCAUCUGAAGACACGUUUUAACUGGAAACAGGUGACUCUCUCUCCUCUCCCCUCCUCUCAUUGGCUGAGCGCCUCCACCUGUCCUGACAGAAUGAGACUGAUAAAGACUGAACGUAUUCCUGUGCCUUCAUUAACUUCGGUGUAUAAGCUGGUCGGUGCCGACGCGACGCAGGACUGGUUGUUGCUUUGUGCCUUAUGUCCGUACAGACUGUGUUCACACACUCAACUCAUAUCAGAGCAGCUAAGGUAGGGCACGAGGGACAAUCAGCCUGCUGUGCAUGUUUUCAUUAAUUAUUAUUUUGUUUUAUAAAGUUACAUGUUCAUAUCUUCUCUGGUCCUGCUGGGCCUGCAGAGGCUGCAGCAGCUGGUCUCAGCUCAGUGUGUCCACAGAGCGGAGCAGCCUCCACCUGAGUGUACCUGUGUGUACCUGAGUGUACCUGUGUGUACCUGUGUGUACCUGUGUGUACCUGAGUGUACCUGAGUGUACCUGUGUGUACCUGAGUGUACCUGUGUGUACCUGUGUGUACCUGAGUGUACCUGUGUUGACAGGUCCAAGCUGUGUGACCACUGCAGUGUGUUUGAUCCUCUCGUUUUCAGCUCCGUAGGGUUCUGAUUGGCUGAGACGUGACGACUGUGACCCACCAUCACAUCUGCACACUGCUCCUGUCAGCUGAGCAGCUUGUAUCUCCACCUUCAGGGGAUUCUGUCCACGUUUCAGUGUAAAGAGUCACAUCUGCAGAGCUUUCUUAGUGGACUUUACAGAACACAUCUCAGACGUGCGAUUCUGGACCGGUCCUGCUCGGAGCGAGGCCUCGUUCCUCUCUUGGUUCUGUAAAAGUUGAUAUUGUGGAGAUACAAGUUUUCUUUGUGUGAGAGUGGAGGCAGCGCUGCGUCGCUCAUUCAAAACCAAAGUGACAAAAAUACAAACGCAGUAAAACUGGAACUGAACCUGGGUCACGGUCCUGUGGACACCACAACUCUCCAGACCUGCUGAGCUCCUGUUGAUGGUGCUGUAGAACCCGAGUGAAACAGGUCAGAACUUUACUCUGCACGGAGCUUCAGACACGUCACAGGGAACUCUGCAGGUUUGGAGCUGUGUGGCAGUAAAGCAGCCUCGUCCUCUGUCGUCUCUCACAGCUGGUUCUGAUCCGAAACUGAACACGUACGUGUAUUUAUGAGUUUAUCUGAUUCAGAGAAAAACAAAGAAAAACAAAAUGUGAAAAGGGUUUCUAUGCAACACGUCUCUUCCUCCUUUCCACUGUUGAGUCAUCACACACACACACACAGGCACACACAUGCACACACACACAUGCACACACACACUCACACACACACACACACACACACAUGCACACCGUGCCUUCUGAUCCUGUGAGAUGACCUUUGACCUCUUGUCAGCAGGAAAGAGGAAGCACUUUUCUUUUUUCUUGUUUUUUUUUUUUACAAACUGAUGUUAAACCAACGUUUGUUUCAAAGUUAACGUCUGAAUUGUAAAAUAAGCCUAUAUAUAUAAAUAUAUAUAUAUAAAUGAAUAUAUAUAUGAAAUACCAAAAAAUCUGAAUUAUUGUAAUAAAAGAGCUUGUUUUAUCAGAG